CCCCACAAGCCAAGAGGACCAAUAGCUGCCCUCUAUGCUAACCCAGGGCCUAAGUAUGCAUUGCCUUCACUUACAGGUAAUCAUCAACAUGAUCUUACCAAAAAGAAGGCACCAGUGUUUUCCUUUGGUGAACGCCAAAAGGAGCAAAAUACCAGCUGCUCACCAGGACCAAAAUAUCUGCUGCCCUCCAACAUAAGCAGACAGGGCCACCAGAGCAUGCCUGCUUUUUCAAUCCAGAGCCGUCAAAAAGAGCCGCAGUUGUUACGAGCCCCUGGUCCAGGACAGUACUCCCCAGAGUGUGGUGAGAAGUUGACCUUCUACAAGGCUCCUGCUUAUUCUCUGACUGGGAGGAGCAAAGAUCUGAGUAAUGACCCUACACCAGGUCCAGCCACAUACUCUCUGCCCCCUAUGCUGGGAUCUACAACUGUGAACAUACCUUCAGCACCCUCUUAUACACUCACUGCUCGCAGUUACACUGGGAGCUUCCUUCAGGAUCUGAAAAAGACUCCAGGCCCAGCUUCCUACAAGCCUGUGUCUCCUUAUAUAUACGGAAAGAAGCCUCCACAGCACAGCAUUACAGGCCGUAACUUUCCUCCUGAUGAGAACACAGAGAAACCCGGACCAGGAGCUUACUAUCCUGAGAAGGUGAUCUGUACCAGACCAAAAGCUCCAAGUUCAUCCUUUGGAUUGCGUCAUUCCCAAUAUGUCCUACCCGUCAUCGUUAAUACUGAUGAUAAA